CUUCUGGGUGAGCCUCAGACGUUCUCACUGUAGAGCCCACUCAUGUGGGAGGAGAUUUUAUGGGAAGGGCUGGGUUGUCUCUAAUGUAAGCCUUUUCUUUUGUCCACACAGAUGCCACAGAGCAGAAUGGCUCCUGGAAAUGGCUCUUUUGUGACUCAAUUCAUUCUGAUGGGUUUAACAGACCACCCUGGUCUCCAACUCCCUCUAUUCUUCCUCUUUCUAGGCAUGUAUUUCAUCACUGUGCUGGGAAACCUGAGCUUAGUAACUCUAAUUGGGCUGAAUUCUCACUUUCACAGCCCCAUGUACUUUUUCCUUUUUAACUUGUCCUUCAUAGACCUCUGUUAUUCUUCUGUAUUUACACCCAAAAUGCUGAUCAACUUCUUAUUAAAGAAGAAUAUUAUCUAUUACCAGGGGUGUAUGGCACAGGUCUACUUUUUCUGCUUUUUUGCCAUCUCUGAGUGUUAUGUGCUGACAUCAAUGGCCUAUGAUCGCUAUGUGGCCAUCUGUAAUCCACUCUUGUACAACAUUGCCAUGUCCCGUAAAGUAUGCUUUAAUCUUAUUUUUGGUUCAUACUUGAUGGCAUUUUCUGGUGCUAUGGCCCACACUGGAUGCAUGCUGAGAUUGACCUUCUGUGAUGCCAACACCAUCAACCAUUAUUUCUGCGAUGUUGUCCCUGUGCUGCAGCUCUCCUGCACAAGCACCUAUGUCAAUGAGCUAGUGGUCUUCAUUGUGGGUGGCGUCAACAUCAUUGUGACCAGUCUCACCAUCUUUAUCUCUUAUGGUUUCAUUCUUUCCAGCAUCCUCCACAUUAAUUCCAGUGAGGGUAGCUCAAAAGCCUUCCACACCUGCAGUUCCCACCUAAUGGCUGUUUCUCUCUUCUUUGGAUCAAGUGCAUUUGUGUAUCUCCAUCCAUCUUCUGCAGGGUCUAUGAAUAUGGGAAAGACUUCUUCUGUCUUUUACACUAAUGUGGUUCCCAUGUUGAAUCCCUUAAUCUACAGCUUUAGGAACAAAGAUGUUAAACUUGCCCUGAGAAAGACCCUGAAUAGGAGACAGUUUUAA